AUGGGCAUGCGCAACUGCCUCGACGGCAAUAAUAUGUCAGGACAACGCGAUACCACCCCUGAGCUCGGGCAACAGCCCCAGCAGCCGGUGGAGGCCCCAGGGCCAAUUGCCCCCGGUCCUGGGCCUGGCGCAGCCGAAGCGAUGGAGACCGAACCGCCAGUCACCGAGCCCGUCCCCUUCGAGGCUGACGGCGAGGCCUGUGGGCCGCCACAGCUCUCCGGGCCCUCAUCCCAGGGCCUUGGACAGGCCAUCGAGGAAGCCAGAGGUCUCGGAGGCUCCAGCCCACCUCCUGAAGAAGCUAAGCCCUUCGAUGUCAAGGAGCCCAACUCGGGAGGCUUUUGGCCUACCCUGGAGCAGCCCAGAGCCCACCCUGGGGUCGGUGCAGGCCUCAGAGCCUCGAGCUCGGCCUCUGUGGAGCCUGGAACCUUCGAUGGUGCCAGAGCAGGCCUGGGAGCCUACAGCCCUCCACCGGAGGAAACCAUGCCCUUUGAGCAGCAGCGGUCUGGCCAGGGAGCCAUCAGCCCAGCUCCCUUGCAGCUCGGAGCCCUGGCUCUGGAAAGCUCAGGCUUGGGGGUCCCCAGUGCACCCCCCGAGCAGCCCCGAGCCCUUGGGCCAGCCAGCCCUGGCUGCGGAGGCUACAGCCCUCCCCCUGAGGAGGCUGUGCCAUUUGAGCUUGAUGGAGCAGCCUCUGGGGGUGACAGCCCACCCCCCGGGUGCCCCCGAGUCUUCCUUGAGCCCGACGGCGGCUACAAGUCCGCGGCAGUCGCGGCCCCGGGUGCGGUCUACAUCUCUGCCGGCGCGAAUGCGCCCCCCCUCUGGGUCCCCGGAGUCCCUGACCACCCAGCCCGAGAGGCUGCCAGAGAGCUUCUUGGCUUCGCGGGCACCAGCCCCCCGAUGGAGAUCGCCCGACCCCCACUCGAGAUUGGCAGCGCCCCCCGUGGGGUCGACGACGCUCCCGUCAACAUGGACAGCCCCCCAAUCGCGCUUGACGGCCCGCCCAUCGAGGUCUCCCGAGCCCCAGUCGAGGCAGAACGAGCAGAGGGAGAGAGACCCCCAGUUGAAGGAGCAGCAGCUGAGAUGGAAGGAGACUCUGGAGCCUCAGCCGCUGAGGGAGGCAAAGUCCCCUCUGCCGGGGAUGGAGGAGCCCCUGCCGCCGCCGGGGCCACCGCUGCCGGGGCUGCCGCUGCCCCUCCUGGGGCCGCCCCUGUUGCUGCCGCUGCCCCUGCCCCUGCCCCAGCCUGGGCCGUUCCUGGCGCUGCCUCCGCUGCCCGGGCCACCCCUGCCGCCUGGGCCCGCGCCCGCGGCCCAAUCUCCGCCGCCGCCGCCGCUGCCGCCGCCGGAGACCGCCCCCAGCUGCAGCUCCUCCGACCCCCCAGCCCCGAGAUCCAGGCUGCAGAGCUUCCUAGUCCGGUGCCUCCUCGCGCGGCUGCCCGGCGGGCCAAGGCCGAGCGCGGCCGCAGCCGCACCCGCCACGACGAAGGCUCUGACAGCAGCGACGACGAGCACAGCAGCGAAGACGAGUCCGACGAUGGCACCGGCUGCUACUUUUGGAGCCACUUCCGCCGUGGCCACCGCCGCCGCAAGCACCGCCGCAACUUGCUCCAGAACUUCCUCAUGCAAGCCUUCGGAGGCUGCUUCGGAAGCCGCUCUGAGAGUCCACCGUCUGCAGGGGCCCGCACCUCCAAAACCAAGAAGGUACCUCUGGCGGACAAGCGGCGCCAGAAGCGCAAAGAAGCGCUGGAGAAACGUGCUCAGAAGCGCGCGGAGAAGAGGCGCAGCAAGCUCAUCGACAAGCAGCUGCAGGACGAAAAGAUGGGGUACAUGUGUACGCACCGCCUGCUGCUUCUAGGUGCCGGAGAAUCUGGUAAAAGCACCAUUGUGAAGCAAAUGAGGAUCCUGCAUGUUAAUGGGUUUAAUGGAGAGGGCGGCGAAGAGGACCCGCAGGCUGCAAGGAGCAACAGCGAUGGUGAGAAGGCCACCAAAGUGCAGGACAUCAAAAACAACCUGAAAGAGGCCAUUGAAACCAUCGUGGCUGCCAUGAGCAACCUGGUCCCUCCAGUGGAACUGGCCAACCCUGAGAACCAGUUCAGAGUGGACUACAUUCUCAGCGUGAUGAACGUGCCGGACUUUGAUUUCCCUCCCGAAUUCUACGAGCAUGCCAAAGCUCUCUGGGAGGAUGAAGGGGUGCGUGCCUGCUACGAACGUGCCAAUGAGUACCAGCUCAUCGAUUGUGCUCAGUACUUCCUGGACAAAAUCGAUGUCAUCAAGCAGGCCGACUACGUGCCAAGUGACCAGGAUCUGCUUCGUUGCCGCGUCCUGACUUCUGGAAUCUUUGAGACCAAGUUCCAGGUGGACAAGGUCAACUUCCACAUGUUCGAUGUGGGCGGCCAGCGUGAUGAACGCCGCAAGUGGAUCCAAUGCUUCAAUGAUGUGACUGCCAUCAUCUUCGUGGUGGCCAGCAGCAGCUACAACAUGGUCAUCCGGGAGGACAAUCAGACCAACCGUCUGCAGGAGGCUCUGAACCUCUUCAAGAGCAUCUGGAACAACAGAUGGCUGCGCACCAUCUCUGUGAUUCUGUUCCUCAACAAGCAAGACCUGCUCGCUGAGAAAGUCCUGGCUGGGAAAUCCAAGAUUGAGGACUACUUUCCAGAAUUUGCUCGCUACACUACUCCCGAGGAUGCUACUCCUGAGCCCGGAGAGGACCCACGCGUGACCCGGGCCAAGUACUUCAUCCGCGACGAAUUUCUGAGAAUCAGCACUGCCAGCGGAGAUGGGCGCCAUUACUGCUACCCCCACUUCACUUGCGCUGUGGACACCGAGAACAUUCGCCGCGUGUUCAACGACUGCCGUGACAUCAUCCAGCGCAUGCAUCUUCGUCAGUACGAGCUGCUGUAAGAAGGGAACCUGAGGUUUAAUUAAAGCCUUAAGCACAAUUAAUUACAAGUAACGCAUAAUUCUACAAGCAGUUAACCACCCACCAUAGGGCAUGGUUAGCAAAGCAAACUUUCCCUUCCCCCGAGUGAUUUUGCGAAACCCCUCUUUCCUUUUCAGCUUGCUUAAAUGUUCCAAAUUUAGAAAGCUUAAGGCAGGCCUACAAAAAAAAAAAAUUAAAAAAGGCCACAAAAGUUCCCUCUUACUUUCAAUAAAUAAAAUAAAAGCAGCAAACAUAAAUAAAUGAAAUAAAUAUUGUUUUGUGCAGCAUUAAAAAAAUCAUAAUAAAAAAUUAAAUGUGGGCAAA